AUGUAUAUCGUUAUCGGACUACUGCUUUUCUUCUAUUUAGAAAAAACAUUUAGUCACAAUUUUCAAAACUCAACUGUUCUAAUCAAAUCUCAUCAACGGUUGAUAAAAUUAAAACGAUCGCAGAAAUUCGACAGUCCAUUGAGGAGCCAAAUACAUCCUUUAAAAUUACCAGAGAUGAAAAGACGACAUCCAGAAACGGAAUAUCUGGAAAUACCUAAAGAGUUGGUUCCAACUAAAUUAUGUACUCCAACUAAUCCAUCGUCCGAUUGCUCAUAUGUGGAGGACCAAUUUCCCUUACCAGAAUGUUAUACAAAUGAUGCUGGUUAUCUCUGCUGCAACAAAGAUAUGGAAAUAUUGAUGUACAAUGUUUAUUCUCAAAUAAUGACAGAUUCUAAAUUUCAUCGAUGUAAUAUCCAAUUUAUUGCGAACGAAAUGAAUAAACAUUUGCAAACACAUUUCAAUUCGUCUUUCGAAACAGUUGUUGGACUGGGCGAUUUUGCAUCCAAAAGUCAUUUUUACAGCAACCAAAUAUGCAAAAUUAAAGUUGGUGAAAGAUAUGUGUUAGCUUAUGGCACUCCACGAUAUCCUUCUCUGACAUCACCAACGCAACGUUAUCAGCUUUAUUCCAUUUAUCCAAUGACUAAUUUGUCCUAG